AUGUGGAAGGAUAUCCCACCCCGUUCAGUCUUUUUACUAGUGCUGUGCAGCUUCAUCAAAGAGGAAGAGACUGCCAAUGGGAACAAGAAGCAAACACAAGAGUCUGCUCGCCCAACCCGCGAACAGAUUGCAGCCUCUAUCAGGGAUAAAGCUGGUCGCCCAUCUGAAGACGCCAAGAACGACGCAAUGCACAGGACGCAGAAGCCAUCAUGCAUGGAGGCAAUAUACAACGGUCGUCCUUAUACCCUCACCGGCCCCUCCAUAUCCAUCUUCCACCCCGUCUUCCAGACCUUCCUGACACGCCUCGCGCAACCCUUCAAGAACACGGAUUAUUCUCGAGACGACUUCCGCGUCGCUGACGCACUCUUGCACAAGGCUGCUCAGUAUUAUCCCAGCAAAGCCGAUCGUCGUUUUGCUCUGGGGCACCUUUUCACGCACUUCCUUGGAAGUGGAGUGCUAGGGGGCGCCGUACUGGAUCGCGGUGGACACACUCUUGAGUCUGACGGCUCUCUGCCUGUCAUUUGUGGUCUGUAUGAUGUAGUUGAGCUGGGACGAUGGGUGAUGUGCAAAGCUCUCACCGCGAUGUCGAACGGCCUUGAGCUGCUCCGCCAAGUUUCGUGCAUGCCAGCGUUCCUCAUCGCGAUUUCUGGGCCGUCGAUCUCCAUUUCUGGUGCUAUCUAUCUCGACGGUGUCGUCUCGGGACGCCUUCUGACCAGUUUCCCGAUGGUGCCUCCCACUGCUUCCCGCAAGGUGCAGGCCGGCUACCCUUCGUUUCGCGACCAGCACGUCGGGCAGCUCGUUCACACACUCAGAGUCCUUCGACAGUGCCUAGACGAGCUUGACGUGUACUACAACCAGCUGAAGCAGCCACUCGAUUCCCCGCUGCUUCCGGCACCGCACUUCCACACUUUCACGCCCCCGAGCUCUGGGCCGGUGCAGCUUCGAUACCUCGAACGCAUCCACCCUCACUCCGCUCUCGACCCGCGGGCUCUCUUCCUCGCGGAAGCAUCUGGCGGCUCUCUGAAGCAGCAACCCACAACCUGCAUCGUCAAGUUCACGACGCAGUACGGCAAGGCAGCGCACGAGCUGAUGCUCAGCCAGGACGUCGCCGCGCCGCUGCUCCACUGCGCAUGGGAACCAUCUGUCGGGAUGUGGGUCGUCGUGGCCGAGUUUCUGGACGAGCCCGAAGGUGCUGCGCCGUCCGCUGAAGGGCUUGAUAGACUGCGCAAGGCACUGGCAAUGCUGCACGAGAAAGGACUGGUUUUUGGGGACCUGCGGGCGCCGAAUGUGAUGCUGGAUAAGGAAGGGCAUCCGCGCCUGAUUGACUUUGACUGGAGCGGUGUCGAUGGCGAGGCGCAGUACCCGGGCAGUCUGAACGUGGAUGCUGGAUUCCCCAAGGGUGUGAAGCACUGUGAUUUCAUUACGGCUGAGCAUGAUAGGAUUAUGCUGAAGAAGUAUGAAAAAUCCUUCAGGCAAGCAGAGUAG